GAUAGGCCGCGAGUGAGCAGGCGGGCGGCCACUGAUUGGUCAGAGGCUAUAAGCGACCCACCUCAAGGAACCGCUGCAGCUUCUCGCCUUUCACUUCUCCCCAGGACCUCUACCCCCUAGGAGUCGACUAUGCCGCGUGGAAGCAGGAGCCGGACCUCCCGGAUGGCCCCCCCGGCCAGUCGGGCACCCCCAAUGAGAGCUGCACCAGCACCAGCACCAGCAGCUCAUCCUCCAGCAGCAGUACCACCAUCUGCAGUUGCCCCUCCUGGUGCUGCACCCAAGCAGCCGGGUUUGAUGGCCCAGAUGGCUACCACAGCAGCAGGAGUUGCAGUGGGCUCAGCUGUGGGCCACACUAUUGGUCAUGCCAUUACUAGUGGCUUCGGUGGUGGGAGCAGUGCUGAGCCUGCAAGGCCUGAUAUCACCUACCAGGAGCCUCAGGCAGCCCAGCCAGCGUACCAGCAACAGCAGCAGCAGUUUGGUCCCUGCCACUAUGAGAUGAAGCAGUUCUUAGAGUGUGCCCAGAACCAGGGUGACCUCAAGCUGUGUGAGGGCUUUAGCGAGGUGCUGAAGCAGUGCAGGUUUGCAAAUGGAUUAGCCUAAUUGAGACCUUCAAAAGGAAGAAAUGGAAAAAUCAACUCUGAAGACCAAUCUAAUUUAACCUAAUCCAUAAUUCGAGUGAAAUGAUAAAAAAAGCUGAGCCCACCAGUACUUUGUUUCUUUGCCUAUUUGUCAGUAAUGUCCUUUUUUUUUCAGAACAGCCUUCGAGGGGGAGAAAGGUAUUCCCACUGGAGAUAACAUGAGAUAAUAUAAAAUGUUGGGAUGAGGCAAGUGCUUGCGUGGUCUCUCAUCAAAAUGAAAGAUUGUGUGUAAACUCUUAGCAAAAAGAGUAUCUUUAAGUUUUGGCUAGUGAUUCAAAUAAAGUUUAUUUCCUCCUGGAUGU